AUGCCUGUAUAUACGAAAGAGCCAACGUUACCAUGGAACUACAUUGCUAAGCUCGUCUGUAUUGGUGAUAGUUCAACUGGGAAAUCGAGUUUGACCACACGCCUCUGCGAAGGUCGCUUUAGCAACAACCAUGAUGUUACCAUUGGAGUUGAGUUUGGGUCGAGGGUUGUUCCAGUAGGACCUCCUGCCAACGCCGAGCUUGGAAUCAAUGCGGGCAAUGCCGAAGUACAGGCUGCUAGCAAGACUGUUAGUCCAGACGCUCAAAAGAAGAUGAAGCUAUCCUUGUGGGACACAGCUGGCCAGGAAACAUACAAAUCAGUUACCAGAUCCUACUUCCGAGGCGCAAGUGGUGCUCUCCUCGUCUUCGAUAUCACGCGAAAGAGCACUUUUGAUAACGUCACUGACUGGCUACAUGACCUGAAACAGAUAGCUGAGGAGGGUAUUGUCAUUGUCUUGGUUGGAAACAAGUUGGAUCUGGCCGAUCAUACUACGAAUCUGGACGGAGGCAACAAGAGAGCGGUCACUCGUGAAGAAGCUGAGGAUUGGUGCAGAAGAGAAGGCAUAGUCAAGUACGUGGAAACCUCCGCCAAGAGCGGGGAGAACGUCGAAAGAGCUUUCUUAGAAGUCGCAGAGCGCAUAUACCAGAACAUUGAAGCAGGCAGAUACGACCUUAACGAUCGAAGGAGUGGUGUAAAGAGUUACGGUGUUGGUAUAGUUUUACGGUUAUCGGCCAGGGAUCAAUUCGUGGAAAUGGUGGAGUCUCGUACCAGACACGAUGCGUACGUCAUCCAUACCGUUCAAGCGGGCAUAACACGGAGAUCUGCUGUCGAACAGUUUUCAACUCUGAACUUCAAGCUGCGAGCACGGCGUGGACUGUGCUUUGCUACGCAGUACGCCAAAUUCUAUGGUGAUUGA